ACUCCUCAUAUUGGCAACGCUGCUAUAUUUUAUCAAAAGAGGUUAGGUUGCCUGUGGUUGAUUCGUAAACACCACACUUUGAGUGAAAAUUAUUCAGUACUUGUCCUGAUUAGAACAUCAUGCCCCCCAAAAAGGGCGGUGAGAAGAGUAAGGGAGCUGCCAAGUCUGCGAAAGACGAUAGUGACAAAGGCGGCAAGGAAAAGAAAGGAGGAAAUGCUGUCAAGGUUCGACAUAUUUUGUGUGAGAAACAGUCCAAAAUUCUUGAAGCUAUGGAGAAACUAAAAGGAGGCAUGAAAUUCCAAGAAGUUGCUACUCAGUACAGUGAAGACAAAGCAAGACAGGGGGGCGAUUUAGGAUGGCAAAUACGUGGCGCAAUGGUAGGACCUUUUCAAGAGGCAGCUUUUGCACUUCCGAUUUCCAAUUUAAACAGUCCUAUCUAUACAGAUCCUCCUAUCAAGACUAAAUUUGGGUAUCAUAUAAUUAUGGUUGAGGGUAAGAAAUAAUUCAAACAUUUCUUUAACUCUUUUUUGUGAUAAUACAAUUUCUGAAGCUGCUGCUUUGGUUGGAACUGUUGUACAACAUAUUUCCCUUUCUUCUUAAUAUUUGUGAAGCUGAAUGGUCAAUUCAUGAUAUUAUUUGAAAUACAUAAUUAACUAACUGGAA